AUGGCUUUUGCUCCCAAGCUCUUAUUCUUCACAGUUGUUCUUCUAGCAGCUGCAGGGAUCCUCCCGUCAAUGGCGUCUCCGCCGCCCCCCAGUCUGAGCCUGGCGGAGCGGCUGCAGUUGGCGGAGUCGUCCAACUGCUUGAGCUCCAUGCUGGAGAUCCACUCCUGCAUAGGCGAGAUCGUGAUGCUGCUACUCAACGGCGAGACUUACAUCGGCCCCGGCUGCUGCGCCGCUGUUGAGACCAUAGUCCACGACUGCAGGCCCUCCAUGCUCGACUGGCUUGGCUUCACCGCCGAGGAAGGCCACGUUCUCGAUGAGUACUGCCAAGGAGCGGCCGACAUCAUCCCUCCUUCCCCGCCGCCAGCGCCUCCGUCUCUAUUUCACUGA